CCGGGGCGCGACUUCCGGAGACGGCCGCUCGGCCCGCGGACGAGCCAUGACUUCGCUGCGCGCCUUCACCUGCAACGACCUCUUCCGCUUCAACAACAUCAACUUGGAUCCUCUCACAGAGACUUAUGGAAUUCCAUUUUACUUACAGUACCUGGCUCAUUGGCCAGAGUAUUUUAUUGUUGCGGAAGCACCCGGUGGAGAGCUGAUGGGCUACAUCAUGGGAAAAGCUGAAGGUUCUGUAGCCAGGGAGGAGUGGCAUGGCCACGUUACUGCCCUCUCUGUUGCACCUGAAUUUCGGAGGCUGGGUUUGGCUGCCAAACUGAUGGAGCUGCUUGAGGAAAUAUCAGAAAGAAAGGGUGGGUUUUUUGUGGAUCUCUUUGUAAGAGUUUCAAAUCAAGUGGCUGUCAACAUGUACAAACAACUAGGCUACAGUGUAUAUCGGACAGUGUUAGAAUACUACUCGGCCAGCAAUGGGGAGCCCGAUGAAGACGCUUAUGAUAUGAGGAAAGCCUUGUCCAGAGAUGCAGAGAAGAAAUCAAUUAUACCAUUACCACAUCCUGUCAGGCCGGAAGACAUUGAAUGAAUUGCGUGUGGCUAUUUUUGUACCGUACACUCAACACCCGUAGGCACCUGGACACACUUUCAAAGAAUGUGGCAAGCCUUUGUUUUGAAUGUGAUUGGAAGCCCUAGAGCAAUGAGGGGACACGGCGCAGGUUUGAAGGAGUGGUUUCAUCUUUAGGUGACAUGCUUAAAUCUUCUCAAGCCUCUGGAGCAAAAAAAACCCAAACAAAAACUCACAAUGACAAUAUUUGUCACUUAGGGGUCGAUAUUUAAACCAUCACUAAUUCUUCUGAAAUAUUAAAUUAUUUCCAAGAAUGCA